AUGCAAAUACUUAUUCCUAUAUCAUUUUUUGUUGUUUCUGCAACAUCUUUCCUGCCAUACAACUUGUUUAUGAAUGCUCAUGAGUAUUUUUAUUUCAAAUUACACAACACGAGCAUUUUCAAUGGCACCGACUUCAAGCCUAUUGCCGAAGAAACUGUUCUUCAGCGGAAGUUCGAAGGAUACCUCUCGCUGUUUGGAGGAGUUGCCUGCAUUAUAGGAGCUGCUGUUAACUUACUUUUGACCACACACUUCCGAGUUUAUGCCGGGCAUGCCUUAGUUCUGCUUUCUUUGAUUCCCACAAUUUUCUAUACAUACACUGAUACUGAUGACUAUCAGCAAGAUUUCUUUAAUAUUUCUUUGAUACUGGCGUCUUUAGCUAGUUUUGGUUCGAUCGGGUUGAUUGGAGGCGGGAUCAUGGGCCUUGUCAGCGGUUUUCCUUCACAUAAUCUAAAAGCCGUUCUGUUUGGUCAGUCAGCAGCUGGAAUUUGUGCCACUGUUCUCAGUAUCGUUUGUCAGAUAACUACUUCGGACCUCAUUUGGAAUGGCAGAAUUUAUUUUCUAAUUGCUACAUGUUGGACGCUAAUGAGCAUUUUGUUCUAUAGAUAUGUCAGCAUUAAGUCUAAAACUCCAUACGACAGCGAUAGUGACAGUGAGGAUGAUACAAAUGCACUUAUUCGAAGUGAUAGUGAUCCUGAUUUGAAUGCUGUUCGUACUGUCUCAGACAAAGACUUGUAUAUGAGGACACUUUCGAAGAGCAAAUAUUCCUUAGCGUGUCUAAUGUUGACCUUAACUAUAACGUUAUCCGCCUUCCCAGGUGUGGCGAGUCUUGUGAAAUCAGUUUCUCACAGCGAAGCAUGGAUAGGAUACUUCUCUUCUAUCUGCUGCUUCCUAGCUUUCAAUGUAGGUGAUGGUUGUGGUCGUGCCUUGAGCGGUAUGAAAAAGAUGGGAACAAAAUGGUUGACAAUAUUUUGUUUAUUGCGUUGUGUGUUUAUUCCUUUGAUCAUCAUUUGCAAUAUACAUCCUCGAUAUCACACUCCUACACUCCUGCCUUAUGACGGCGUAUUUCUCUUGGUCAUUUUGUUAUUCGGAAUUACACACGGGCAUACUUUUUCCAUUGCGGUUGACAAUAUUACAGGUUCGGUAGAUCCGGAAUGCGGUGAAGUUUCAGGAAGUAUUAUAAAUCUAGCCAGUGUCUUAUCCGCUUUCAUCGGAUCUUUCAUCGGUAUCGGAUUAGUGACUCUAUUAUAG